AUGGACGUGUCAGAAGAGAUGGAAGAGAUCCGAGAGGUUCUCUACGAGAUGAUUAAAAAGAACUUUCCGAUGGGAGUGGCGGCGACACAUCUUGCUGAGAAAUAUCAUGAGGAAUUUGUGUCGAAAGGACUCGGUCGAGAACUACCAGACGACUGGAUUCAACAAGUCACAGCGGCGGAGGAGUUCGAGGCGCAGACCCGUGGCCCCAUCACUAUUCUCUUCGUCCGACUAUCCAACACUUCAUCUUUCAAACGACCACCGAUUAACUCAGUCAAUGUCAGAGUAAUCAAUACGGAUCGAGAGCCAACGGCAGAUGAGUUGAAGAAAAUCAAGCAGAGGAAGGAAAACGAGCCGCCGGAGCACGCGAAAACGUUAUCCCGCCAAUCAUCUGCUCUAAAAGAGGGUUCAACCGUCUCAAUUGUCUACGCCGACUCGCCUCGUCGCUUCUUCAUUCGAGCACUCUCCGACGACGAUCAAUACGAGAAAAUCGGAACGACACUGGCGGAAAUUUAUGCUCAAGAAUCACCGCCGAGUCCACUGGAUAGUCGAGUGGCGAUUUAUGAAAUUGUGGCAGAGGGAGCCUAUGCAUUACAGGAUUCCAACGGAACAUGGUUCCGAGUCAUUGCCAAGCAACCCCCUCAAUCCGGGCAAGUUCUUUGCCACUUCGUAGAUGUCGGAGUCUGCGAGAAGUUCCCCGUCGCGGCGAUUCGUCUGUUACCCCCAGCAGUUCAUCCAGUCAUGUCGAGUGAGUUUUAA